UUCAAUUUUGUCACACAAAUUUAUCACAUUUCUAGUCUCCUCUAGGCUCUAGCAUGCUUUAAUUUACCCAAUUAUUCAAAAUUAUAUUCAAUUAUUUUUGUCAAUUGGGUAAAACAGAUGGAGUCCAAGAAUUUGUGGUUUAUUUGUUUUGCAAUAUUCUUGGUGAUAUUGUGGGGAGGAGUAAAUGGAGAUCCUCAAGUGCCUUGCUAUUUUGUCUUUGGAGACUCAUUGGUGGAUAAUGGGAAUAAUAACAACAUUGCUUCUUUGGCUAGAGCUAAUUACUUGCCUUAUGGUAUCGACUUUCCAGCUGGACCAACUGGGAGAUUUUCUAAUGGGAAAACUACAGUUGAUGUAAUUGCUGAGCAAUUGGGAUUUGAAGAUUAUCCACUCGCAUAUGCUCAAGCAAGCGGUGAGGAUAUAUUGAGAGGAGUAAAUUAUGCAUCAGCUGCUGCUGGUAUUAGAGAAGAAACUGGGCAGCAAUUGGGAGGCAGGAUUAGUUUUGGAGGGCAAGUAAGGAAUUAUCAGAGCACAGUAUCUCAAGUGGUACAAAUACUAGGGGAUGAAGACCAAGCUUCCAGUUAUCUGAGCAGGUGCAUUUACUCCAUUGGACUGGGUAGCAACGAUUACCUUAACAACUACUUCAUGCCAAUGUACUAUCAAACUAGCCGCCAGUAUAACCCUCAGCAGUACGCUGAUGUUCUUAUUCAAGAGUACUCUCAGCACAUUAGGUCACUUUACAAUUAUGGGGCGAGGAAAUUUGCAUUGAUAGGAAUAGGGCAGAUCGGAUGCAGCCCAAAUCAGUUGGCCCAAAGAAGCCCAGAUGGAGCAACAUGUGAUGAUACCGUCAACUCAGCUAAUCGGAUCUUCAAUUCCGGGCUUAGGUCUUUGGUCCAGCAGCUCAACAAUGAGUUAUCUGAUGCCCGAUUUGCUUACAUCAAUGUUUACGACAUGUUCCAAGACUUGAUUGAAAAUCCUUCUAAUUAUGGUUUCAGAGUGACAAAUGCUGGGUGUUGUGGAGUAGGAAGGAACAAUGGUCAAAUUACAUGUUUGCCCCUGCAAACACCAUGCCCAAACAGAGAUGAAUAUGUGUUUUGGGAUGCAUUCCAUCCAGGGGAGGCAGCCAACGUGAUAAUAGGGAGGAGGUCAUACAGUGCGCAAUCGUCAUCUGAUGCAUAUCCCUUCGACAUUCAAAGGCUAGCACAAAUUUAACGACUACUAAAAUAAAUUCAUGUAGAGAAGGCUACAUUUCUAUGUUGUUCAGAAGAGGGUACACGAUUUCGUAGUUACGUUGGUUCUUCAAAGAAAAUGAUUCUUUUUUUUGUCUGUAAGUUAUAAAGAUUAUAGACAUGUCUACUUAUUAAUAUUGUGGUUUAAUUUGUAUAAUACAAUUACAAAACUUACUGUUUAAAGUUGCUGGUUCAAAGUGGAACCUCUUCAUAUAUGAUUGAUGCGUUAAAUAUGUCUCUGAGAUCAAGUACUAGUAGUAACUUUGUAAUUUGGGAUUUUUGGCUAUUUCAAGUGCUAAUAUUUACUGGCUUUCUUUUGUUA